AUGCAAGCCAAACUGGUCGCUGUGCGGCGCCCUCCCAUCUGCAGCAUCCCGCUGACCAAGCUCGAAUGGGGAGCUGUCGACGGUUCACACCGCAAGCGCCACCGAAAUGAACAGCACCAAAGUACAAACGAUGCCCGCCGCCCGCAACAGGGCGGCAUUACGGAGAAUCAGACGCGCGAAGUCAUCCGGAUUGUCGAGAAGGUCGUUGUCGCUGAGCCGAAGACCGUCAUGGGGGUUCCCCCGCUCGUAGAUGACCGCGUGAGAUAUGUCGUCAAUUUUAUACUAGAGCAUGUCAAUUCCGCCAACGUGGAGAUUGAGGCCAAGUUUGGCACCCUCAUCGAGAAGUCUUCGCACGUUCGCGUUAUUAACUGCGUGCCCGUGCUCUGCGAGACCCCGAUUAGCUAUGAGGCGAACAAGGACACAUACUUUAAAAGUGAAGUUGGGAACGACAUUUUCGCAAUGCUUAAUUCCAAGUUGAAUGCCAGAGUUGAGGCCACGGAGCAAUCGAGUAGCCGCGUGCAGUAUUUGCACACGCAGGAGAUGGACGUGUACUGGCCAGGGAAGGUUCGCGAGACAAAGGUGAGAAGGAAUACAGCCGACGGGUCAGAGCACUACGAAACGAUUCGAAUACAAUCAAAAAAACGCCUUGGGGAUCUCAAUGUGCUUUGUCCGAACAAGUACGCCGAUAUUCGCUACUCGGCCAGCCGCGAGCAAGACUGUUCCAUUCCACCCAAUUCUAAACCACAAAGGUGUCGCAUCAAAGAUCGCAUCUCGUACAAGUAUGAAUAUUUGAGCAUUGACAUUACUUGCGUCGAGAUGCAAGGCGAGGCUACCGCAGACAAUACGAACAGUUUUGAGGUAGAAGUUGAGAUUGAUCCCUCCGCAAAUCUGUACGAAGAAGUGCUCAAAUACCGCCGGCAGGACGAGGCCUCAAAACUUUUCGAUAUUGCCUGUUCUCUCGUCAACACGGUGCGGCUUCUCCUCGAAGAAUAA